UUCCAGCCAAGCCUUUCCCCCCGCCUGCGGCCCAGCCGCCGGGACAAUGCCGGGAGGGGCUUUGGCUCAGGUCCCGGUGACGUUCGAUGACGUCGCCAUCUAUUUCUCCCGGGAGGAGUGGGAGAUGCUGGCAGACUGGCAGAAGGAGCUGUACCAGGAGGUGAUGAGGGAGAAUUAUGCAAAUCUGAUUUCUCUGGCAGGGGACUGGCCCAGGCAGAGAAGCAAGAAGGAAAAUGAGGAGGAAUGUGCUGAAAAGUUGGAAGCCCCGGAGCUGCCGACUGGAAACAGCUCGGCCAACGGCUCAGAGAAGGCAAAGAACUGCAGCACUCAGAGCGUCCGUGUCCCAGAGCCAAGCAGCGAGGAAGGCGGCUGGCUGAGGCAGCCGGUUGAAGGUGGAAGAGGGAACAGCCAUUGCACGUGGCCCAGUGGGAACCAGGCACCCAAGAAAAGGGCAAGACCACACAAAUGCGACGAGUGCUGGAAAAGCUUCACCUGGAGAUCGGAGCUGGUUCAGCACCGCAGGACCCACACUGGGGAGCGGCCGUAUAAGUGCGCUGAGUGCGGGAAGGGCUUCAGCCAGCACGUCAACCUGACCAUCCACCAGCGUAUCCACACCGGCGAGCGGCCCUACCGGUGUGGCGAGUGUGGGAGGGGCUUUACCCAGCAUAUCAACCUGACCCUCCACCAGAGAAUCCACACUGGGGAGCGCCCGUACCAGUGCGGUGAGUGCGGGAAAAACUUCAUCCGCAAAUCCAACCUGGCCAAGCACCAGAAGAUCCACACGGGCGAGAAGCCCUUCCAGUGUGCUCAGUGUGGGAAGAGCUUUGUGCACAAGUCCGGCCUGGUGUCGCACCACAGGACCCACACGGGGGAGCGGCCGCACCAGUGUGAGGCAUGCGGGAAGCGCUUCGGCCACAAGUCGGGCCUGCUUUCGCACCGGAAGACCCACACGGGUGAGCGGCCCCACCAGUGUGCCCAGUGCGGGAAGAGGUUCCGGCACAAGUCAGGCGUGGCCUCACACCAGAGCACCCACACGGGUGAGCGGCCUCACCAGUGCUCCCAGUGCGGCAAGCGGUUCUCCCGCACCUAUGAGCUCAUCUCCCACCAGCGCCUGCACACAGGGGAGCGGCCCUACCCAUGUGCCGACUGCGACAAGAGCUUUGUGCGCAAAUCCAACCUGGUGAAGCACCAGCGCGUGCACACGGGGGAGCGGCCCUACCAGUGCGGCCAGUGCGAGAGGAGCUUCUCCCAGAGGUAUGAGCUGGUGGCUCACCAGAUCACCCACACUGGGGAGAGCCCCUAUACCUGUGCCCAGUGCGGGAAGAUCUUCAGCCAGAAGUCGAACCUCGUGAAGCACGAGCGCAUCCACACUGGCGAGAGUCCCUUCCCCUGCACCCAGUGCGGGAAGAGCUUCAGCCAACGUGCCAACCUGGUGAAACACCAGCGGAUCCACACCGGGGAGCGGCCGUUCCAGUGCGCCCACUGCGGGAAGAGCUUCAGCCAGAAGUGCGAGCUCGUGUCGCACGAGCGGAUCCACACCGGGGAGCGGCCGUUCCAGUGCGCUCACUGCGGGAAGAGCUUCAGCCAGAAGACGAGUCUGAUCGCUCAUCAGAGGAUCCACGUGGGUCAGCGACUGAAGAAGCUGCUGAAAUGUACCGAGUGUGGGAAAAGCUUCACCAGGAGGCAGAAUCUGAGCACGCACAAGAGAAUCCACACUGGAGAGAGACCUUACGAGUGCAGCGAAUGUGGGAAGAGGUUCAGCCGCAUGCAGCACCUCGUGUCGCACCAGCGAAUCCACACAGGCGAGCGACCCUACCAGUGCACCGAGUGCGGGAAGCGCUUCAGCCAGAAGUCCAACCUCCUCACACACCAGACCAUCCACACGGGGGAGAGGCCCUUUAAAUGCACGGAGUGUGGGAAAAGGUUCAGCCAGAGAGUCUAUCUGACCCAGCACCAGAAAACCCACACGGGAGAGAAGCCGCAUAAAUGCCUGGAGUGCGGGAAGAGUUUCAUCCAGAGGAAGGUGCUCCUGACGCACCAGAAAAGUCAUGCCGGGGAGGGAGGGCCAUACCUAUGUGCCGACUGUGGGAAAUGCUUCACCACACGGCCAGGGCUGAGGUAUCAUCAGAGAAUCCACACUGGGGAGCGGCCAUACCCCUGUGCCCUGUGCGGGAAAGGUUUCGCCACCAAUUCCCGCCUGAAAUAUCAUCAGCGGAUCCAUUCGGGAGAGAGGCCUUAUCAGUGCAGCGACUGCGACAAGCGCUUCCGGCACAAGUCGGCUCUGGCCUCCCACCAGGGCAUCCACACCGGUGAGAGGCCUUACAAAUGCACCGAGUGCGGGAGCAGCUUCCGCCGCCGGAACGGGCUUGUCAAGCACCAGAGGAUCCACACAGGGGAGCGCCCCUACCCGUGUGCAGAGUGCGGGAAGAGCUUCAGCACGAGGAGCACGCUCACGGAUCACCAGAGGACCCACACCGGGGAGAGACCCUACAACUGCAGCCACUGCGGGAAAAGCUUCAACCGGGUCUCGCAGCGCCGCAAACACCAGAGAAUCCACACGAAAAAGCGACCGGAAUGUGCCGAGUGUGGGAAAAGGUUCCGGAGUGAGAAGGAGCUCGCCACGCACCAGAGGGUCCACACCGGAGAGAAGCCAUACCAGUGUCCCCAGUGCCAGAGGAGCUACCAUCGGAAGAACGAACUGGCUAAGCACCUGAAAAGCCAUGCGGGGAAGAAGCCGUAACCUCGUGCUUAUGGAAGCUGGGCAUGAACAUGUACCAGCCCUCCGGGCCCGGCACUGCCCCAUUCCAGGAGCGUCUCCAAGAGACGUAUCUGUGAGUUAGGAAUGUGGGGAGGGAGAGGGAGUGGUCUUGGGAGGGCAGGGUGUGGUCAGGGAAGUAUCUCCCGACUGCUGCCCCUGUUCAGGGCCUGAGCCGGGAUUCCAAGGUGCCGGCGGGGCUGGAACCCUCUGCUCUUAAUACUGAGGGAUCAAGCUGGUUCUGUAUGAUCCAUCUAGCCUCUCUUUCACCAGACCCAUAGAGCAAAGGAGUCUGGGAAUUGUAGGCUCCAGGGAAGCCAGGACUGUAAUAGGCCUAUUGAGGAAGGGCUGGAGUAUAUAAGAAUCUACCUUCCUUCAAAUGCGAGAGAGACUCAGAGGGAGCCAGGAGGGGUCUCUGAGAAGAAGGGGCAGCUUAUCUAUUGUUUGGAUUGGUUUGCUCAUUUUACAGAGACUGAACUUUUGAUUUACACACAAGUUUGCACCAAUUUAGUUAAACUAGUACAAGCCCUGUGUGGACACUCUUACUUCAGUUUAUUUGGGCUUAGAUUAAAUCUGUUCCUGAUCAGUUUAAAAUAAAUGAAGUAAGCCUGGUUUAAAGAGAAAGAAAAGUGUUCACAUGGGUUUUUGGCUCUUUUCAUUAAAGAGGAUCAAUAUCAGACCUGUUAAACUGGUGCAACUGAGCAUGUAAACGUUUGGGAUUUGAAAUGACUGUGGGACAUCCCCUACCUCGAGGUGGGGACUGUCCGAAUUCCAGAGAGAUCGGGGAAUGAAAAGCCCUGACCUGCAGACUGGGGUAAGGGAAAAGGGUUUUGUUUUAAAGGAGGGCUGUGGCUUUAGCGGGGUGACUGGCCCCCUGUGGCUCUGCUCAAGUGAAGGUGGAGAACUCCGUUCUCUUUAAAUGCUGCCUCUUCUAAGUGCGGUCACUCGGAUUGCUUGGAAAGGUGCAUAUGGAAACAGGUGAGGAAAGUUUCCCUCCGAAGUCGAAUCUUGCGCAGCCCCUGAAAAUUCCCACGAGAAAUGGCUGCUUUGUAAUAAACAUGCUCUGGUUCAACCACAAAAUACAGGCUUGGUGCGGGGAUUGCGGGUGAGGGGUUCUGGGUCUAGGCUGUGCAGGAGGCCAGACUAGAUGAUCACAACGGUCCCUUCUGGCCUUAAAAUCCACGGCUAGACCUUUAGCCGUGUGGUUUGUGGAGAAGGAAGAGAACCCCGAGUCACUGUCUCUAGCCACAGUGCCAGGCCUUGCAGUGGGUGGGACAGGCAGCCUCCACCUGCCAAACCUCAUAUAUCAGAGCUACCGAAUCAAGGCCUAACACUGCGUUGGAUGCAAAGGCAGAGUGUCGGGCUAGGGAGCUCCCCAGAUUGCAGGUAGCCGCCGGGGAUGCUGAACAUCAGUAACCAAUUGUGUCAGCAGCUGGAACAGAGAAUGGGGAGGAAAAAUCAAACCGCAGAGCACAACGGCGUUGGCAAUUGCAGCUGUUGAGAACCUGCUCUCGGAACACGCUGUGUGCUAAGCAGUUGCGUGGAAAACAGCCAGGUCUGUAAUAUUCAACUGGCUGGGCUCCUAGGGGUGCUCUGGACUCUGGCUGUAAAACAAAAUGUCCCAGAGCGAAACGGGAGAGCUAGAGAGACAAAGGGCUGCUUCCAGCAACAGCUCAGGUGAAAUGAGAUCAGACCACCGAUGUGCAUAAGAACGGCCCUACUGGGUCAGACUAAAGGUCCAUCUAGCCCAGUAUCCUGUCUACCGA